GUAAUUUAACGAUUCCGUUUCUCUCGCUCUCUCUCUCCGUCCCCUCCGGUGUUCAAUCAUUUUAUGCCCUCUCUGUUUUAGUAUUCAUGGGCGAGGCAGCGGCAAAGCCGCUGAGUUAAAAUCGUAGAGCAGGGUCGCGAGAAGCUCGAUAAUAAAUACACGGAGGAAUUGGCUCUCGCUCGUGACGUGGUUCCUUUUAUAUCCCUCUCCCUGCAGUCAGCUGAUUGGAAAAGGACUGAGAGCGAGUAGAAGACAUCAUGGCACCGAUCGGGCUAAAAGCGGUGGUUGGAGAAAAGAUUAUGAAUGAUGUCAUCAAGAAGGUGAAGAAGAAGGGAGAAUGGAAGGUGCUGGUGGUGGAUCAACUCAGCAUGCGCAUGCUAUCGUCCUGUUGCAAAAUGACUGAUAUUAUGACAGAGGGCAUCACAAUUGUGGAGGACAUAAAUAAAAGGAGAGAACCACUCCCCAGUUUGGAAGCAGUUUAUCUCAUCACACCCUCUGAAGAAUCUGUGCGUGCACUGAUCAAUGAUUUUAAGGACGCACCCUCCUUAAAGUACAGAGCAGCUCACGUCUUCUUCACGGACUCUUGUGCAGAUCCAUUGUUUAAUGAGCUGGUAAAGUCUCGUACAUCAAAGGUUAUCAAAGCCCUUACUGAGAUCAACAUUGCCUUUCUUCCAUAUGAAUCACAGGUUUACUCGCUGGAUGUACCAGAUGCAUUCCAGAGCUUUUACAGCCCUCACAAGACGCAGUUGCGAAACCCUCUCAUGGAACGAUUAGCAGAGCAGAUUGCAACCCUCUGUGCCACAUUGAAAGAGUAUCCUGCAGUCAGAUACAGGGGGGAUUAUAAAGAAAAUGCCAUGCUUGCACAGCUGGUCCAAGACAAACUAGAUGCAUACAAAGCUGAUGAUCCAACUAUGGGCGAAGGUCCAGACAAAGCUCGCUCACAGCUUUUGAUAGUUGACCGUGGAUUUGACCCAGUAUCGCCUGUACUCCAUGAAUUGACCUUCCAGGCCAUGACCUAUGACUUACUGCCUGUUGAAAAUGAUGUUUACAAGUAUGAAACAAGCGGAAUUGGAGAAAAUCGGGUCAAAGAGGUCCUUCUGGAUGAGGAUGAUGAUCUCUGGAUUACCCUGCGCCACAAACAUAUCGCGGAAGUGUCCCAGGAAGUGACACGGUCCUUGAAAGACUUCUCCUCGAGCAAGAGAAUGGCGACUGGCGAGAAGACAACCAUGAGGGAUCUAUCUCAGAUGCUGAAGAAAAUGCCCCAGUAUCAGAAGGAACUAAGCAAGUACUCCACCCAUCUUCAUCUUGCUGAAGAUUGUAUGAAGCACUAUCAGGGCACUGUGGAUAAGCUGUGCCGAGUUGAACAGGAUUUGGCCAUGGGUACGGACGCUGAGGGAGAGAAGAUCAAGGAUCCAAUGCGAGCUAUUGUUCCCAUACUGCUGGACAACAACGUUUCUACUUACGAUAAAAUCCGCAUCAUCCUUCUCUACAUCUUCCUUAAGAAUGGAAUCACUGAGGAGAAUCUGAACAAACUGAUUCAACACGCUCAGAUCCCACCCGAGGACAGUGAGAUUAUUAACAACAUGGCCCACCUGGGAAUCCCCAUCAUCACAGACUCAACUCUGCGUCGUAGGAACAAGCCAGAGCGUAAAGAGCGUAUCAGCGAACAGACCUAUCAGCUCUCUCGAUGGACACCACUCAUCAAGGACAUCAUGGAGGAUGCCAUUGAUGACAAAUUGGACACUAAACAUUACCCAUACAUCUCUGCCCGUUCUACUGCCUCUUUCAGUGCCACUGCAGUCAGUGCCCGAUAUGGCCACUGGCAUAAGAAUAAAACCCCAGGAGAGUACAGAACAGGGCCACGCCUCAUCAUCUUCAUCAUUGGAGGUACCUCAUUCUCUGAGAUGCGCUGUGCUUAUGAGGUCACACAAGCCAAUGGGAAGUGGGAGGUGCUAAUAGGUUCUACCCACAUUAUAACUCCUACAAAAUUUCUCAUGGACCUGAGACACCCGGACUUCAGGGAGUCCUCUAGGGUUACAUUUGAGGAUCAGGCUCCCAAAGAGGAGUGAAAAAGGCAAAUAAAAAGAUCAACACAUAUCCUCACUCCCCAGAAGUUACUUAACUCCUUAAAGAAAAUGAAUAAGCCAGAUGAAGAAGCCAGCAGUUAAGAGUGAAGCCAUACAUCAAGACGUUCACACACUCUUAUUCACAAAUGUUUCCUUCCCAAUGAGGAGAAUAUUAUUAUCUGUGAAGUUUUGGUGUUGCAACCUUUGUAAUUCAACAUGUAUGCAUUGAGCUAAAAAAUAAGGCUAGUGAACUUAGCUAAACCUGUUUAACAAUGGAUGCAACGUUUUGAAACGAAUGAAAAGCUACAUAAUACUGUAAUUACCAAAUCUUAUAAGGAUGCUCUGAGUACUGCUAGGACGUGUGUAAAUGGUAGAGUUAUGUUUGUUUAUUUUGUGUACAUUUUUAUUAGUGGAGGAACAAGUUGCAUGAGGUUGAUUUUCAAUGAAUAAACAGUAAUUCCAGCAUACACUGAGUUAGAAUUGGUAAGACUAUGAAUGAGAAACAUUUCAUUAAUAGUCUUCGACCACGCAGCAUGAGAUUGAUCAUUUAAGUUUCAAUGCAAUGCUGCCUUUGGAGACUGCUACAUCCCAGAGGUAGAACAGAGUUCAUCCCAAUCUGCUUCGGACCAAGGCUUAUGGAAAUUAUGUAUGACAAAAUGGUGCGAGAUCAUUGAAUAGCUUUCUGUUGAAGAUGGUAUUUGAAUCAAACUUCUUGAACACAUUCCUCCACUAAUUUUCAAACUGAAGUAUUCCUCAUCUUUAAUGUGUAGUGUCAAAGUCAUGCUUGCAAAAAGGGCCAAUGGUAUUUCAGUAUUGUAUUUAGUAAAAUGCCGUUUCAUUGGUUAGUAUCGACGUAAACAUUAUGCACUGAGAUGUGUAGUGUAUGCCAUUUGUUGCUGUAUGGUCCACUAGUGAAUAUGUGAAGUAGCCCCCUUUAAUUUAUAAGCGUCUAUGCCCUAUGUCUGUGUUGUUGUGUUAAGCUUGUUUGUGGUUAUUGAGGAAUUUUUUCUUCUGAGCAUUGCUACAUCUUCCAUUUGUUAAAAGGCAUAUUACCUACCGGCCUCUGCUUGUUCAGUUACCAGAGCAAAGGCUGUGUGAUGCACUGACUGCUUUGUGAUGCAAAGAGCUUAUUUUGCUGUUGUAUACGAUCACUGUGUCGUCAUAUUUAUAUUGAAGUUAUUUAUCUGAGAAUUUAGUCUGUCUUGAUCCCAUGUCCCUUUAAAAUAAAUCAGAUUCUGCAUUUAAAGUGUUCAAGCACAAACUGUACUUCAUGGUACUGAUACUGAAAUGGACAAAUAAAUUGAAUCUGAUGAGAUUGCUUGUAGAAUUGGUCACUGUAAUAUUUCUCUUGUCUUGUUGAAUGGCACAAAAUGUCUGAACAGCCUCCUACAAUAAAAGUAACCCUGGGAUGA